CCGCGCGGCGCCUCGGCUUCGCUAAACGCAAUCCGGAGGUGGCGGUGAGAAGGGUUCCCAGCGAAUUCUACCCGGCCCAGUUGUGGUGGGAAGCGGGCGCCCGCCUCAGCUUCCUCGGGAGGACAUGGCUGGGAAGGCUCUCAAGCUGGCCUCCUGGACCAGCAUGGCGCUCGCUGCCUCUGGUGUCUACCUCUACAGUAACAAGUACUUGGACCCUAAUGAUUUUGGUGCAGUCAGGGUGGGCCGAGCAGUUGCUACGACAGCUGUCAUCAGUUAUGACUACCUCACUUCCCUGAGGAGUGUCCCCUAUGGCUCAGAAGAGUACUUGCAGCUUCGAUCCAAGGUGCAUCUCCGCUCGGCCAGGCGUCUCUGUGAACUCUGCUGUGCCAACCGGGGCACCUUCAUCAAGGUGGGCCAGCACCUGGGUGCUCUGGACUACCUGCUGCCAGAGGAGUACACCAGCACGCUGAAGGUGCUGCACAGCCAGGCCCCGCAGAGCAGCAUGCAAGAGGUCCGCCAGGUCAUCCGCGAGGACCUGGGCAAGGAGAUCCAGGAUUUGUUCGUGAGUUUUGACGACACGCCUCUGGGGGCGGCCUCCCUGGCCCAGGUCCACAAGGCAGUGCUACAUGAUGGGCGGACGGUGGCUGUGAAGGUCCAACACCCGAAGGUGCAGGCCCAAAGCUCCAAAGACAUUCUCCUGAUGGAGGUGCUCGUCCUGGCCGUGAAGCAACUCUUUCCUGAAUUCGAGUUUAUGUGGCUGGGGGAUGAAGCCAAGAAGAACCUGCCGUUGGAGCUAGAUUUCCUCAAUGAAGGGAGGAAUGCUGAGAAAGUGGCCCAAAUGCUCAAGCACUUUGACUUCUUAAAGGUCCCCCGUAUCUACUGGGACCUGUCCACCAAGCGGGUCCUUCUGAUGGAGUUUGUGGAUGGCGGGCAGGUCAACGACAGAAGCUACAUGGACAGGAACAAGAUUGAUGUCAACGAGAUCUCGCGCCACCUGGGCAAGAUAUACAGUGAGAUGAUCUUUGUCAACGGCUUCGUGCACUGUGAUCCCCACCCAGGCAAUGUGCUGGUACGGAAGCACCCAGACACAGGGAAGGCAGAGAUUAUCUUGUUGGACCACGGACUCUACCAGAUGCUCACGGAAGAGUUCCGCCUGGACUACUGUCACCUCUGGCAGUCUCUGAUCUGGACGGACAUGAAGCAGGUGAAGGAGUACAGCCAGCGCCUGGGGGCCGGGGAUCUCUACCCCUUGUUUGCCUGCAUGCUCACGGCCCGGUCGUGGGACUCAGUCAACAGGGGCAUCAGCCGAGCUCCAGUCACUGCUAGUGAGGACUCAGAGAUCCGAAACAAUGCUGCCAACUACCUCCCCCAGAUCAGCCAGCUUCUCAACCAUGUGCCACGCCAGAUGCUGCUGCUCUUCAAGACCAAUGACCUCCUGCGUGGCAUCGAGGCCUCCCUUGGCAUCCGCGCCAGUGCCAGCUCCUUCCUCAACAUGUCACGCUGCUGCAUCAGGGCGCUGGCCAAGCACAAGAGGAAGAAUACCUGUUCAUUCUUCAGAAGGACCCAGAUCUCUUUCAGUGAGACCUUCAGCUUAUGGCAGAUCAACCUUCAUGAACUUACUCUGCACAUGAAGGGGUGGAGGCUGGCCAGCUGGGUGUUGGCCCUGUUUUGCUGGCUGUUUCCUGCUCCACACUGAGUGAUUGGCUGUCCCUUGCCCUUUUCUGGUUUUUUUUUUUCACUCCUUAGUUUUUUGUUCUAUCUAACCUAGUCACCCCAUUUCUGCUACAUGCCCAUUUCUACAGCUCCUGGACUGCUGUCCAUGAUGCCAUUAUACUCCUCCUUUGGAAUUCCUCUCCCCACAUGGUGGUGUUUUUCUCAGGGCCCACAAGCUAUACUGUGGAAUAGGUUUGUCUCCUUCUCCAAGGAGAAGACCCAGCAGGCUACUUUCUCAUACCUGGUGUAUGCCAUUGGGUUGAAUGUCCUUCCACUUCCGUUAACCCUUUCUGUUGUCAAAAUGGACCAUGUAUACCACCGAGGGCAUAUUAUCUUAUAGCAAGUCUGAUUUGGUUGGAGGUGGGUGAGCCUAAACUCUGACUUGCAGGAGAACAGGUCCCCUCUCCAUGUCCUGUCACUCUCUGGAGGUAUCACACUUCAGUGAGGUGAUUUGAUAUCAAAUGGAAGACUUGUGGACAUGAGUUCACUUCCACCAUGGGGGCCACUUUGGUGUCUUGUGUACUGUGUUUCAAUAAAAACUCCUUCAAGG